UUACAUUUACAGUAAUAACAGCUCAAUUAAGUGUAGUUCGUGUGUACAACACGAAGUCGUGAGAGGCCACUUGGGAGUGCAGGCUAUAGUGUCUGUGAUGCAAGACUGUCAUCAACGCACUCCAAUGGUUCAUUUGUACGAUAUUACGCAGCAAUUUGCCAACGACACGUUUUGAAUAAACGGCACAAGCGCACAUGCAACAUCGCUGUCCUCGAUGCUGGGAUAUGCUUCGCGAGGGAGGGAGUGUACGCUCUUGCUUGGGUGAGAGAAAGUCCUCUGCAAUUUUCGUUUCUGACCAUCGGUUCCAGCGUUGCUCCUGAUGAUCUAAACGCAUUACUUUGUUUUUCGUGGAUUUAACGGGUAUUGCUGGACACAGGGAAUCAGGGUUACUGCUUCUUUAAGUUCUUUUGGGGGGGAUGGGCUAUUUUCAUAACGUCAUUUCAUUCCUCCCUCUUUUUCAUUUUGUCAUUCUUUGAUUCUUUUUCUCCCCCCAUUUCCUAAAUGGAACAGAUUGCCCGAGCCUUUUCAUUUCCUAGCUUUCCCAAUUUUUAUUCAAAGUUACUCUUUUUAUUUUUCAGGAUUAUUAAGUUGAACUUUUCUUCUGUGUCAUCAUUUUUGGAGGGCUAACACCUUAGUGGACGUAAACUGCAAGUCAAUUGAGGCGAUGGUGGAGGCGUUUAUGGUGAUGAUGAUGAUGAUGAUGAACUGUAAAAGAAUGAUUCACUAACUUGUCUGUCUUUUGCUACCUGACAAGUCGAUAUAAGUUCAUUUUCAUCAUGAUGUACUCUCCUCUCUGUCUUACUCAGGAUGAGUUUCAUCCGUUCAUCGAGGCCCUACUGCCGCAUGUGCGUGCCUUCGCCUACACCUGGUUCAACCUGCAGGCGCGCAAACGCAAGUACUUCAAGAAGCACGAGAAGAGGAUGACCAAGGAGGAAGAGCGUGCAGUGAAGGACGAGCUGCUGGGAGAGAAGCCCGAGGUCAAGCAGAAGUGGGCGUCGCGGCUGCUGGCCAAACUCCGCAAGGACAUCCGGCCCGAGUGCCGCGAGGACUUUGUGCUGUCUAUCACAGGGAAGAAGACCCCCUGCUGCGUCCUCUCUAACCCUGACCAGAAGGGCAAGAUGAGGAGGAUCGACUGCCUGCGUCAGGCCGACAAGGUGUGGAGGCUGGACCUGGUCAUGGUCAUCCUGUUCAAGGGCAUCCCGCUGGAGAGCACGGACGGAGAGCGCCUGGUCAAGGCUGGGCCGUGCAACAACCCCAUCCUCUGUGUCCAGCCACACCACAUCAGCGUCUCGGUCAAGGAGCUGGACCUCUACCUGGCCUACUUCGUACAGGAGAGAGAGUCAGAGCAGAGCAGUAGCCCACGCACAGGUAUUGGGUCAGAUCAGGAGGAUAGCCGAGCUGCCACCAUGGAUGCUCCUGAGUUUCAGGAAAGCUUUGUGACAUCAGGAGUUUUUAAUGUAACAGAGCUGGUGCAAGUGUCCAGAACUCCGGUGGUGACGGGGGCAGGCCCUAACUUCUCUCUGGGUGAGCUGCAGGGGCACCUGGCCUAUGACCUUAACCCCUCGGGGGUGGGCAUGAGGAGAACCCUGCCCAGCACCUCCUCCAGCGGGAGUAAGAGGCACAAGUCGGGCUCCAUGGAGGAUGAUGUGGACACCAGUCCUGGGGGGGAGUACUACACCUCUCCCAACUCCCCGGCUAGCAGCUCCCGCAACUGGCAAGAGGAUCUGGAAGGAGGCAUGUCCCCUGGAGUAAAGAAGACAGAGAUGGACAGCCCGUCUCCUCAGGAGAGCUCCCCACGUCUCGGCUUCACACAGCACCACCGGCCCGUCAUCGCAGUGCACAGUGGUAUUUCUCGGAGUCCGCACCCCUCCUCGUCUUUGCACUUCCCCACCACCUCCAUCCUGCCCCAGUCCACCUCCUACUUCCCCCACACCGCUAUCCGCUACCCGCCACACCUCAGCUCCCAAGACCCGCUGAAGGACCUGGUCUCCCUGGCCUGUGACCCGUCCAACCAGCAGCCCAGCCCAGUGAGUCCAGCCCAUCUAACAACUCUAACUAAGGCCCAGAGUUUGUCCUGGUCAGGUCAUGUGCUGAACGGCAGUGGUCAAGUGAAGGUGCCCAGUCACUACAUCUCCUCCCAGAUGCUGGCGCCUCCUCCGCCCCCUGGAAUGCCCCGACUGACGCUGCCCUCCGACUCCAAGUCCAGCACCACCACCUCGGACGGGGGAGCCAACUCCCCCACGUCACCCAGUAAGUGGGCCGCUGCAUACUCAGCUCCUGGGACGCCCCCUGCCAACCGCUCCUUUGUCGGGAUCGGACCUCGAGACCCUGGCUCACUCUACCAGGCACAGUCCUGGUACCUGGGGAACUAAACGAGGAUCAUCGAAAGGGGCGGGGACACAUGGAUUUGAGAUUCAACACUUUUUGUGGAAUUAAGAAAAUUGCAAAUGAGAUGCAAGAGGGAAAGUGUAUAUAUAUAUAAAUAUAUGUGUGCAUAUAUAUUUAUGUAUAUCAACAUAAAAGAUGCUUCAACACACCUUUUUGGAAUGCAAGACAGAGGCAGAGAGAGCAACGCCAAGGAAAGAAAGAGAAAAGGUUUGUGCAGCCAAAAUGAACGGUGGGGCAGAGACAUGACCCUGUCUCCAGGAUAGUACCCCUCCUCUUUAACACCCCCUCUGCUACAGGUGCUGCUUCCUCAUAUAUGCAAAAUAAGCAUCCUUUAUUUUCUUAAUCAACAACAAAGAGAAGAAUCCGGAUCCAGAGUCAUUAUACUUUUCCACACUUCUUCGGAGACGGUAAAAAAACAACUCUUUGAAAGUAGUUAGGGGAGGCUGGUCACACAUGGUCAAUAACCUCCCUUUACCCAUGAAGAGUCUACUUUUCAUCCAGUUUGAUUGACAAUCCUGUAUCUGUGUCAGUUACUUUGUUUAAAGAGUGGGCUAUUUUUAAGAUUUCAUUUAACACAGCCCAUUUGUCGUGUUUAAACGUGUCUUCUAUGAGGCAGUGAUAUGCAUACACAAUCAAAAGGAUCUGUCUUUAGAGCAGUAGAGAGCAUCAUAAAAAGACAGGUACUGUAACAGGUGUGUUAGUUUUCACAAUAACUGAUACGCCCUCUUGUGCCUGUCAACUGUUGUCUGUUUGUUUAGACAUUUGUUUGUGUUUGCAUACGAUUCAAACAUAGUGAAACCUCCUCUUCCUAUCCUUGCCCCACUCUUGAGUUAAUAUUGCAUAAAGUUUGUAUUAAUGUAGAUAACAGGGGUUUAUUCUGCAUAGUGACAAAGGGAGUACAAAAAUAGUAAUGUCACUAUUGAGACAGUAUUGGGUGUAGAGGGGAGAAUCAUUCUUUUUGUGUGUAUUUAGUUUAAAUUGCAUUGGACAUUACAGGCAUUGCACUACUAUAAUGUAAAUGUUUCCUUUUUUAGCAGCUAUCCCUUGGCCUAAUCAUAUGAAAUGUUGCAAGUCAGAGGUGGGUUUUAGGAUUAUGUUGUAGAAACUACUAUGUUGUGUUGCUUUGGUAGCAGGGUACAAGAGUUAUGAGUGUUGGCUUUCUUGAGCUAUCGAUUCGGAUCAGAACAAUCCAGCCCUGUUGUGUUUCAGAUAUUCUAUACUCAUCUAGAGGACGUUUCCUUGUGUAUGUUGAGGUACAGGGAAUCCUGACCGGUUUAGGUAAUCGCACCCUUUUGGAUCUCUCUCUACAUUCUGUGUAUCUAAGUCACACUUUUAUUAUCUUACUCAUGCUGUCUUUAUAUAAUCGAAAACAAAAAGCAAUUUAUGAAUCUUUUUUUAAAGCAGAUCACAUACUUUGGAUGAGUCGAGAAGAAUGUGAAUGAUUUGAUCAUUAGAAGUGUGUCUGUAAAGGUAACCAUUGAUAGUGCCACCACUGACCCCAGACCUAAUGGUUGCUAGGCCAACGGCACUGCAUGUAUCCAUGUGUGCACAUGGCAUGAUUCUGGCUCAUUGAUGACGGGCAACUGACUGACCAGCAGUGUCCAUCACCAGUCUAUUUGGUCAGAACUUUCUUUACAGGUUUUGUCCUUGUCUCAUUUGCUAAUGCAAUGUUUGUGACAACAGACUUUGUUGCAGCAUGUGUUGGGAUGGAUGCAGAUACAUAUUUAUAAAUUGAAAACAUCAGGACUUAAGACUCCCCAAGCCCAAACCAUAUAUACAGCCAUGAAAAGUGCCUAAGACAUAGCAAGAGUUCUUUAUACAUUUCUUUGUAUUAUUGUUUUGGAUUAUUUGAAGUACUGCAAACAUUAAUGAGCUCUAGACAGGCAACAGAUGUGGUGUGAGAGAGAGGUGUGAUGCACAGGGGGGGAGAAGUUAUGGAGAGCUCACAGCCCUAACCUGUCUCCAGCCAAAUGCACCUUCCAUGUGUUUUUCUGAGCACAGGCUUCUCAUUGGUUGUCUGCUGGGGACAAGCUAAGACAAGUAUAAAACUCUGCUAUCAGCAAUGACAUAAUUAAACCAACAUAUCAAAGCUAUAUA